AUGGCUCCAAAGACCAUCAUCUUCGUACGCCACGGCGAGUCCGAGUACAACAAGGCCAUGCGCGAGACUGGGGAGGAUCCGUUCCUCCGAGAUGCCAAGCUCACAGAGCGUGGCCGCGCCCAGGCUGCAGCUGCGCGGCCCCAGUUGCAAAAGCUCCGCGAGGAAGCAGGGGGCACCGCUGGUUGGUUGCUUCUGAGCUCACCGCUGCGUCGCGCCCUUGACACCGCCGCAGGAAUUUGGCCGGAAGCCUUCCAUGUGGAGGAGGGCACCCGCUUUGAGAUCUGGCCGGAACUUCGUGAAGUCGUGACCGGCUGUGAUGACCUGGGCUCUACACCUCGACAACUCCACGGUGCCUACCCUCACCUGGCAGCUCUACUCAGCACGUUGCCCGAGGUGUGGUGGACCAUCCCGCCUGCCUAUCGGGAUGUGCCUGUAGAGGGCGAUGCCUUGCGGGAUGCGUAUCAGAAUGAUCCCGAUGCCUUCGAAGAGGCGGACGAGGCUGCUUUCCCAGCCCGCGUGGCGGAGCUGCUGCGCAAGCUCGCCUCUGUGCGGGAGGAUCGAGUCGUCGUCGUCGCACACUGCGACCUAAUUGGGGAGCUGACAGAGCAGAUGGGCUUGAAGGAGAAGAAGGCGUCUGGCAAAAUCCGCAAAGGAUGGUGGCUUAGCAACUGCGAGUGCCGCCUUCUUCCAGGCUUCGAGUUCAAGGAUGCCUAA